AUGACGGUGAGGUCCAGGUUUGUGGCUGGAAUGUCAGAGUAUACUUACCUGUGUGGAUUAAACUUUGCAUGUGGAAAUAGCACUUCAAGCACGGGGACUUUUGGGCGUGUGCACCUGGUGAAGGAGAAGACGGCCAAGCACUUCUUUGCCCUCAAGGUGAUGAGCAUCCCCGACGUCAUCCGCCUGAAGCAGGAGCAGCACGUUCACAACGAGAAGUCGGUGCUGAAGGAAGUCAGCCACCCGUUCCUCGUGAGGCUGUUCUGGACCUUCCAUGACGAGCGAUUCCUGUACAUGCUGAUGGAGUUCGUGCCAGGCGGAGAGCUCUUCAGCUACCUGCGGAACCGCGGGCGCUUCCCCACCGCCACCGGGCUCUUCUACUCCGCGGAGAUCAUCAGUGCCAUUGAGUACCUGCACUCAAAGGAAAUCGUGUACAGGGACUUGAAGCCGGAAAACAUCCUGCUCGACAGAGAAGGCCACAUCAAGCUCACGGACUUCGGGUUUGCAAAGAAGCUGGUAGACAGGACGUGGACCCUCUGUGGAACGCCAGAGUACCUGGCUCCUGAAGUCAUCCAGAGCAAAGGCCAUGGAAGAGCCGUGGACUGGUGGGCGCUGGGCAUCCUGAUAUUCGAGAUGCUCUCAGGGUUUCCUCCGUUUUUUGAUGACAACCCAUUUGGCAUUUAUCAAAAAAUUCUUGCAGGCAAAAUCGAUUUCCCCAGACAUUUGGAUUUCACUGUAAAAGACCUCAUUAAGAAACUCCUCGUUGUUGACAGGACGAGACGGUUGGGAAACAUGAAGCAUGGUGCAAAUGACGUGAAGCGGCACCGGUGGUUCCGAUCUGUGGACUGGGAAGCUGUCCCGCAGAGGAAAUUGAAGCCCCCCAUUGUGCCCAAAAUAUCCGGCGACGGAGAUACCUCCAAUUUUGAAACAUAUCCCGAGAAUGACUGGGAAACCACCCCUGCUGUGACACAGGAAGAUUUGGAAAUCUUCAAGAAUUUCUGAGGACAGGAGCUCAUGUCUGGAAGAAACAGGAAGACUUGAGCCUGCCUGAGACAAGAAUUUCACAUACACACUCCUGAAGAAAUGUCCAUGAUGUGAUAAAGACAUUUCCACAUUUAUAUACGUUCACAUGUAUAUAAAGAGAUUGGAGAGCAUUUGAAAUUUAUGGACCUGACGUUAUUUAAGGAACUGGAAAUCUACUGCACUGUGGGAAGUUUUAAAGAAUUGUUUGGUUGUCAAUUUUAUCUUAUCCUUUAGCAUUGUGUUCCUACUGUGAUUUCUUGGGUUUUUUCUCAUAGACUGAACUUUAUGAGUCUGAACUAGACUUGUUCAAGUAUAACCACAGAUUGCAUGUGUGUAUAUAAAGAGUGAUGCACAGAAAUUGUGCAGUGAUGUAAAUGUUUAUACUUUGCAGAGCCUAUGAUUUUUAUUUUUCAAAAGGUAUUUUUUUCUUUCCAAAAAUACUGUUCUCUGGGGGACAAAAUCUAAAGAGGAUGGCACAUGCAUCUUUACCAACUUAUAUGUAUUUUAUAGUUAUUUGUGAAGAAAAUAUCAUGGGAAGGUCUAUAUCCAGUAUCUUUAGUGCUUAAUAUCUGGUUACUCUAGACCUCAAAACAAGGAAGGAAGAAGACAUGAGGUUGAAUUUUAGUCUGAGUAUCUUCAGUGUCAUUAAAGUUUUUUGAGGAAUGCAUCGUGCUCAAGAAAUUGGUCACAUCCAAAAAUUUUAUAUUGCACAAGAGGAUGGCUACCUAUUAAAAUUCCACUUUAAAUCUCUCUUGAACAAAACGCACGUCCUGAAGCUCAUGAAUAACAAGUUUGGCUCAGCAGCACAGACGACCUUCGUGCAGAGAUUUUCUCUUACCUUUCAUUUUGGAGAAAGUAAGAAACACAUGAUCAGUAGGUUGCAGCAUGUGACUCAGUUUCAUUUCUUUUGUAAAUGUUCAGUUUGCAUCCGUCAAACUCAUUGAUUUGUGCAGAAUUAUUAGUGGGUGAGAUUUUUCUCUUGGGCACUGGUCAGGAAGGCAUACCCUAAAGAGCAGUCUCCAAAUGUUGUCUCCUUAGCACUGACUUCAUAACACCCAGAUGGUGACUUUGUCAUGAUGCAUAUAUUGCAAAAUAUGGGUCUCCCAUGUAUGCAUCCCUAAACGUGGGACAUUGAUGGGGUCCUCAGGGUCUGGACCAUACAUCACUCAUCUUCUUUGCUUUUUGCCGUUUGCCUUUUUCUUCCUGAUUCUAAAUGAGCUCUACCUGCUGUGUUUACUGACUCAGCCCAAACAUGUUGCUAGAAUCUGUUGUGCAUUUGAUGGUCAUGGGACCCAACCCCAGUGGAGGUUAGUGCAUUGGAGAAAUAAGUUCUAGAGCCUUCUGGGGGUGCCUGGGUGACUAUAGGGAUACCCCCCCCCCCGACCUCAGAGACCCCUUCCUCACCUCUUCCUUUUCUCUGAUACCCUACAUGCAUCCUGCGCUUUCACCAGAUGGGAUCAGGGCGGUGUGAUUGAAUGAGUACAAGAGAAGGCUUGGGUGUCCUCAGUCUUCACUCUUUCUCACAUCUCCACCGCUCAGGAUCUCUGGAGUCACCUGCAGGGAUCUUUGCUGUUGGAGCUGUUUUCCCGUGGAGUGCCUGGGAAGAGACUUCUCCCCGUAGGACUUCUCUCUUCUGCACUUAAAUCUAGUACUGUGGAGAGCUUUUCGUAGGGAAAGUCAUACACUUUUUAAAGUAGCAAAAUGUCAGAGGAAAUGCCAUGGCCUCUCAGAUUUGGCAGAGUCCAUCCGUAAGUGAGAAGGCACUGGCUUUGUGGAUUUGGAAGCAAAAGGAAGUGAAUGUGCCCCUUAAAAAGACCUUCAGAGACAGUGACAUUGAAGAAACUAAACCUUUCCCUCCCCCUUUGCAUAAAAGACCUUCUCUACAGGAAGUUGUGUCAGCAGCUCAGUAAAUCAGAGUAAUGAGAAAGUUCAAUAAAAUAUAUUAUUUACAGUGAAUAACUCAAUGAAAAAUUAGGUUCACAUGGUGAGCCUUGGAAAUGUUCCUACAGAACUGUAUUUUCGGUCUUGGCUUCUCACUUACCACACUGUUUGCAUUAAAAAUUGAGAGCUAAAGUUGGCUAACAAAUUUAGCAUGCAGUUUCUGAACCCUUUCAUCAGUGAGUGUUAGAAGGUUAAAUUCUUCACUGAGAUGUGAACACAGAAGAAGAAGUCUUUUGUCCUCUGACCAUAAACAUAAAUUAUAUUUUUGAGCAUUCUGUUUACAUAAAUAAAAUAGAUGAAACACCUUUCUUGGACACCAUAAAAAAUUGUACAUAGGCACAUUAACCCGUAUGCCUAUUUUUAAGGUUUUGUUCUUACCAUUCAAGAUUUAGUCUCAAAAUGAAAAUUAGCAUCAAGAAAGCUAGGAAUGCAUUGCCUUAAUUCUGAACAAAUACCAGGGUACUUCAAAAAGCUCAAGGAAAGAUUCAUAUUGUCUUUUAAUUCUGUUUUUCCAUGAUCUUUUUGAAGUACCCUUGUAUGCACUGAUUAUACUGUAAAAAGCCUCCAUACAAAAUAAACUAAAACUUAAAAAGAAUUCCAACGAUGUGAUGAUGAUAAAAACCCACUUUCGACAGUCGUGUGCAUUUCAGUAUCCGAAGGGGUACGUGCUGCGUGUUAACUGCCCAUGACUGGGCAGUGAAUUAAGUGAUAAGCUGUCGUGCAAAGACUGGUUUAAUCAAAAUGAGUCAUGAACAUGGAACAACCACUAUAUAUAAUUAAAGAAAAGUUUAUCCUGUGGGGGCAUUCUGAAAUUUUCAUGUAGAUGAUCACAUACAAUCACUGUGCAAAAUACUGGGGAAAAUCCAAGAAAAUAAUCACAAAAUUUGUAAUGGGACAAAACAGUAGGUUUAUCUUUUUUUAUGUACUUGUAUGCAUUGGCAGUAUUUUCUUAAAUAGGAGUACUGUAGAGGAAUAUCUUUAUGAAAUGCAUAUAUUGCAAGAACUAUACUGGUGUGGAUCUUGCUCUCCUAAGCAGGAAUCCCAGCAGCAUGCUCUGCUAAAGGUAUUCUUAAAGCCAGGAAGGGAAUAAAACCACAACUGAUUAUGCAGCUUAUCUAUCAUAGGUUUGCACUGGUCUACUUCUGAUUCCUUCCCAACAGUCGUCUAAAUUCUGCUCAGCAUAAAAAAAAAACUAUUGCCAGCAAUGGGAAAAAUCAUGAUUUUUGUUGUUGAUGUGACAGAAUUAGCAGAAGAAACCCCAGGAACAGAAUAAGAUUGCACACUGAGCAACUGCACAAUCACUUGUUAAUAAACUUCUAGUGCAACAUUUUGUAUCAUUCUUUACACCUAUACUGAAAAAACUAAAUUAUUUGAAAUCACCCCUCAUUGAAAAAGCACUGUAAAGCUAAACAGGUGAAUGAUUUGGGAUGCAUUUGCCAAUCUGUGUUUGACCGACGUUGCCUCUAGGUUUUGGACCAUUUUAACUGUGAAACUAUGGCUUGAUACUGUUAAUGGAAGACCCUAAGACACACCUCUGUAGUCCUGACCACCUAAGGCUGCAAAAGCGUCACACCAGAGCCAUCAAGAUGAGAGGUGCAGCUCCUGGGUUAACAAAGGCAAGAAAACACCAGGUUGGGUUUUAUCUUUCCCAGCCAGUUGACUUUGCAUCAUUUUUACACCAUUGCAGACACCUAUUGUACAGAGUUAAAAUCUGAUCUUUAUCUUUCUUCUGUCCAUCAACCGAGCAUGCAUUUUACACAUGGUGGGUUGUCCUAGGUAACGUUUAUCCCUGUUUCCAACAGAGGUGAGGUCUUAUCAGUAGUAAUUCCACUUGAGUGGAUGAUGUUCACUUAACAAAAACAAAAAGGACAUAAACAGAUGUCUUAAUGUGUUUGAAUAGUUUGGGUGUGCGUGCGUGUGUGUGUGUGUGUGUGGAAGUGGGCAGGGAGAUGUAUGUUUUCACCCAGUGUAAUGUUUUUAUAUCACGUUUGCUUUGCAAACUCCUAUGGCCUUGCAUCCAGCAGAACAGUCCUCCAUCAUAAAAGGGGAAUUCUCUGUAACAGUUUUCUGUAAAUUACUGGGUUUUGAGAAGAUCUGUUGUGCUUUAGUUGGGUCUUCCAUGGUGGACACUUCUGUUAUUUAAGUGAAAGUCAUUACACGUAUGUUUUAGUGACUGGCUUUGGAAGCCUUUCAGCCGUCCGUCCUUGUCUUCUGAGAUUGGGCCUCAGCUCUGCACAGCCUCCAUUGCUAAAUUAUUUUUUCAUACCAGGCUAUGGGCAGCCUCUCCCAUAGAGGUUUCUAGUGCUUCUAGGGCCCAUGUGACUAUUUUAGGGAGCCCUGCAGGGUGACCCCAGCUUCUCAUGUAGAAAAAAGAAAAAACAAGCCUACUUCUCAUUCUAUUUGUUGCACAAUGGAAAUCACUGUGAUUUGUAUAUAGACCCUAGGAAAAUUUUACUGCUGUCUAAUUUAUGUAAUAAUUAUUGAUUCCAGGUUUGUUUAAUAAAACUUUGUAUCUUCUAAGAA